AUGGACAAAGUUGUCAAUAAAACAAUCAAUGCUAUAGCACGAUUUGGCGAACGUCUUGAAAGACGUCUUUCAAACGACGAAAGUGAUGACACAUAUUUGCAGCCAUCAGAAUCAGAUUCUAUGUUUCCAAGUACUAGAUCGACUUUUUAUCGUCCAUUAGACGGUCCAAGUCAUAAACGUAACGCAUAUUCAUCACAGCGAAGAGAUUUAAGUUAUGGUGGUGCAAGAAAAUAUUCUUCAGAUAAUUUAGCUGCUAGUCCUGGAUAUGGAAGUUUUAGUAAUUAUCGACAAAGUCCGAUAAGUGAUUCAUAUCGCGACGAUUCAGAUAGAUCACCAUAUGGAGCUGGUAUAGGUGCUCUACCAAAUUAUGGUAGCUAUUCAGGAGGAUAUCCUAAUCCAUCAUCAACUAUGCCAUAUGGUUUCCAUCCUGGGAGCGUAGCCUAUGCUCCUAAUUAUUAUAUUGCUGAACGACGACAAGUCGACUUAGUUCCUGCACCACCACCACGAGUUAUUCGAGAACCAGUUCCGGUUCCUGUUCCAGUCGAUCGUCCAGUACCUCAACCUUAUCCAGUUGAAGUACUAAGACAUGUUCCAAUUGAUCGACCUGUACCAGUUCCAGUGCCAUCACCAGUACCUGUCGAUCGGUUCGUACCAGUGCCUGUACCAGUUCCCUCACCACCGGUUUGUGUCCCAGUUCCUGUUCCAAAUCCGGUUCCAUAUUAUGUACCUGUUGGUGUUCCUGUUCCAUCACCUCGAGCAAGUCCUGUCAUGUUUGAACAAUCAGUAACUCAUACUCAACGUUGGACUACCGGUUCACCGGUUAUCAUGAAUCAACAACAGUAUUAUGUUAGUUCACCUGCCAUGGGUAUAAAUCCGUAUGUAUCCUAUGGUAAUGGUCCGUUUAUUCGUUAA